CAAAGAGCAUACAUUCCACAUGAAUAAUUUGCUACCAAAAUGAGUGUGUGCUUUAAAUGUGAUCAGCUGUGUCCAAUCACAGCUGAUCACUGAUCAUCAGGACACUGAUGAUCAGUGUGCCCUGAUGAUCAGUGUGGCCCCAGAAGUGCCACCUGUCAGUGCUCAUCAGUGCCUCGUGCCAGUGCCCAUCAGUGCCACGUGCCAGUGCCCAUCAGUGCCACAUAUCAGUGCAUACCAGUGCACAUCAAUGCCACAUAUCAGUGCCCAUCUGAGCUGCCUUUCAAUGUCACCCAUCAGUGCCAGUCAGUGCCACCUAUCAAUGCAAAUCAGUGCCACCUAUCAGUGCUGCCAAUCAGUGCCGCCUAACAGUGCCAGUCAG